GGACAGAGGAGGGAGCGCACGGAGUGCGGUUGCCGCUUUCUUAUCAUCGGAAUAGAAUUAGAGGGUUUUUUCCUCGUUCUGGAGUGAUACACUGGAAACUUGAAGUCAGGCGCCAUGUGAGCAGAUGAACGCACCCCGGCGUGACUUUUUCUUCCCCCCCCCUUGCUGUUUUAAAUGAUCCGUGUGUUAACCGGAGGGAAUGUGGACCCGAGUUUCCUGUUUGCUGUGUAAGCAGGCGGUGAAUCAGCAGCGAUUUACCGUGCUGCCGAGCGGAGCUGCUGACUCACGGGUCGGAGCACAUGCCUCCAGCCCGCCUUGAACGGCAGCAACCCUGCUUCUUUAAAAAGGCUCUCACCGGGAUACCCCAUCCCAGACCUCUCGCUCCGCUCCUAGGUACAGCGAGCUUCCAGUGCCCGCCCGGUGGAUGUGUGGAUGGAGGGAAGAGAUUCCAAAGGAUUGGAGCCACACAAACCGGUGAAAAGCAGGAAGAAAGGGGAACUGAGGAUAACAUGUGUCCCCAUCAAACAGCCUGUUGCCAACACAACGCCCCCAAGGAACCUGGACUCCAGAGCAUUCAUUACCAUCGGAGAUAAAAACUUCGAGGUGGAAGCUGAUGACCUGGUGGCGAUUUCAGAGCUGGGCCGUGGCGCCUAUGGCGUGGUGGAGAAGGUCCGGCACACACAGAGCGGCACCAUCAUGGCUGUGAAGAGGAUCCGAGCGACUGUCAACACUCAGGAGCAGAAGAGGCUAUUGAUGGACUUGGACAUCUCUAUGAGGACAGUGGACUGCUUCUACACCGUCACCUUCUAUGGAGCCCUCUUCCGCGAGGGUGAUGUGUGGAUCUGCAUGGAGCUCAUGGACACCUCCCUGGAUAAAUUCUACAAGAAAGUAUUGGAGAAGAAAAAAACAAUCCCUGAAGACAUUCUGGGGAAAAUGGCUGUGUCUAUUGUACGAGCUCUGGAGCAUCUGCACAGUAAACUGUCUGUGAUCCAUAGAGACGUGAAACCUUCCAACGUGCUGAUCAACAAGGAAGGACACGUGAAAAUGUGUGACUUUGGGAUCAGCGGCUACUUGGUGGACUCUGUUGCAAAGACCAUGGAUGCUGGCUGCAAACCUUACAUGGCUCCAGAAAGAAUAAACCCUGAGCUGAACCAGAAGGGCUACAACGUGAAGUCGGAUGUCUGGAGUCUGGGCAUCACAAUGAUCGAGCUGGCCAUUCUUCGCUUCCCAUACGAGUCCUGGGGGACUCCCUUCCAACAGCUCAAGCAAGUGGUGGAGGAGCCCUCGCCCCAGCUCCCUGCUGAUCGCUUCUCCAAGGAGUUUGUGGACUUCACAGCGCAGUGCUUGAGGAAGAACCCUGCUGAGCGAAUGAACUAUUUAGAACUCAUGGAACACCCUUUCUUUACCUUGCACGACACCAAAGAGACUGACAUGGCCUCCUUCGUGACAGAGAUUCUCGGGGAAGACUCCUAACUCCAACCUCACGGCUCCGUGCAGUCCCCUCCAUCCUGGCUUCCCUGUAGAAGAGCACAUGAGGACUCCAGUUAAUGGUGGUUUGCACACAUCGCACUUCCCCAGCCCGUGGGCAUCUCUGGCCCCAUCUGGCCUUGCAGUCUCUUUUCUCUUUGCCCUGUAAACGAAAUCCCCCGGGAUGAGCCUUUUGAAGCCAACACCUUCCCAACUAAGCCACGGAGACCGAAGGCUCGGGAGUUCCCUGCUGCCACCAGCGUAUCCCUCCUGGGCAUCUCCCCUUCCAGCACAGGGGGUUUAUGUUUCCUUAUGUUUCUCUGCCUGGGGAAGGCAGAGAGAGAAAACGCUGCUGUGCUUGCCCCACUCUUCUCCUUCUGCCUGCCCAAAGCCCCUUCCCUGCAGUCUGGUCUUGCUCGCCUUCCCUUUAUGCCUGGCUCUCUGCCCCCAGGAGCCUACACACCUCAAAGGGGGCUGUGGGGCUCCUUGGCCAUGCCUUUCACACCAGAGGCUGUUGUAAUGCCUGGCUUGAUGCCUUCACAACCCUUCAAGGUAGCACCAGACUGGGCAUCCCCCUCCAUCUAUCAAUACCCUGCUCCCUUGGGGUGACAAAACCAUAAUGCAUCCUUCCUUGAGCCCGCCUCGCUGCAAGCUCUCCCCACAGGACUUCACCCAGCGCUCCCAUCCCUGCCCAGGCACAAGGAGAUGGAGACAAGCAGGUCCCUGGGUGCUGCCUCUCUCCCCUCCAUCCCUGGGUUGAGAGGAUGCAUCCCCACUGCAGGCAUCCAACACCUUCUGCCCUCCCUGGCUCCUGAAGAAGACCUUGCUCCAUCUCCUCUCCAACCUGGAGCUCCCGUAAGACCUCGCACUGUGACACCAGCUUGGUUUAGAGGCUCUCCUUGCACCCCUCAUGUCCCAAACUGCCUUUGAACCCUCCAGCUGCCCACCAAGGUGUCAGCCAAGCCCGAAAGCCCAGUGACUCACAUGGGGGCUGCCGCCGGUUGUACAUUUGAUGUCUAUAUAUAAUGGACUUUGUAAUGUGCUUCCUAGUUUUAAUCUAACUUGCUAUAAAUUAAAGCCCUUCUGCGUGGGAGAAGGGAGGAGCAGUUCCUUCUCCACUAACAAAUCCACUGUGAAAACCUGAUGUGCUUCCCCACGUUCCCAGCCUGAGCACGCUCUGCGAGGAGCUACGGGAGCCAAAGGGAUGCCUGGCUCCUACUGUACGCGCACCACGGGACAAACGCGCCGGCUGUGGAUCUUGUUGGGGGUCUUCUUUUUUUAAUGGAUUUGAGUUUUCAGAGGGA